AUGUUUGGUAGGAAGGUGGAAGAUGCGAAAAACAAAGUCAUACUACUUCUGGGAUCCACUGGUGCAGGAAAAUCAACACUUGUAAAUGCAAUGAUAAAUUACAUAUUGGGUGUGAAAUGGGAGGACCAGUACCGCUACAAACUAAUCCAUGAGGUGACUAACCGAACACAAGCUGAAAGCCAGACAGCUGAGGUCUCCUCCUAUGAGCUCUAUAAUCAACCAGGCUUUCAGGUCCCAUACUCACUCACAAUUAUCGACACACCUGGAUUUGGGGACACCAGAGGAAUGGCUCAAGACAAAUUGAUCACAGAACAAGUGAAAAGAUUCCUUUGCAGCCCUUUAGGGGUUGAUCAUAUAGAUACCGUGUGCUUUGUUGUUCAGGCAUCUCUUGCCCGUCUCAGUGCAAACCAGAAAUACAUCUUUGACUCCAUCCUGUCAAUUUUUGGAAAGGAUAUUGGAGAAAACAUCAUGGUUCUUGUAACAUUUGUUGACAGUAAAAAAAUCCCAGUUUUAGAGGCAAUCAAGGCAGCAGAGUUGCCAUGUCAGAAGAACAAGAAAGGUCAACCCACCCACUUUAAGUUUAACAACUCUACUAUAUAUGUGCAGAAAACUGAUGAAGAUGAUUCAGAUGAAGAUGAAGAUGAUGAUGACGAUGAGGAGAAAAUGAAGAGUAUUGUCUGGUCAACAACUUUCAAACAGAUGAAGCAGUUUUUCAAGGCUCUCGAAAGCAUAGAGAGCAAAGAUCUCACUUUGACAAAGAGAGUUCUAGAGGAACGUGAACGUCUUGAGAAUGCGACAACCAGACUGACCCCGCAAAUUACAGCUGGGCUUGCCAAGCUCAGUGAGAUCAAAAGCAUCAAACAGUGCCUGGAGAAUGAGGAUGAGAUGAUGAAACAAAGCAACAACUUUGAGACAGAAGUUGUUUCCUUCCUGAGGGUGAUGGUGUCCACACAUGUGCUGUGA